AUGUCAUCGUCCGGUAAAGACAACAGCGGUGCCCAACAUGCCAAUUAUGUGGGACCUUACCGUUUGGAGAAGACGCUCGGGAAAGGACAGACAGGAUUGGUCAAGCUCGGAGUUCACUGUGUAACAUGCCAGAAAGUCGCCAUAAAGAUUGUCAACCGUGAGAAACUCAGUGAGUCAGUACUAAUGAAGGUGGAGCGAGAAAUAGCUAUUCUGAAGCUCAUAGAACACCCGCAUGUUUUAAAGCUACAUGAUGUCUACGAAAAUAAAAAAUACUUGUACCUUGUGCUAGAACACGUGUCUGGUGGUGAGCUGUUUGACUACUUGGUGAAGAAAGGCAGGUUAACGCCUAAAGAGGCCAGGAAAUUCUUUAGACAGAUCAUGUCUGCCCUGGAUUUUUGCCACAGUCAUUCCAUAUGCCACAGGGAUCUGAAGCCAGAGAACCUGUUGCUAGAUGAAAAGAACAACAUCAGGAUAGCAGACUUCGGUAUGGCCUCCCUUCAGGUUGGAGACAGUCUGCUGGAAACCAGCUGUGGAUCUCCACACUACGCCUGUCCAGAGGUCAUCAGGGGAGAGAAGUAUGACGGGAGGAAAGCAGACGUCUGGAGCUGUGGGGUCAUUCUUUUUGCCCUGUUGGUGGGCGCCCUGCCGUUCGAUGACGACAACCUGAGAAAUCUUCUGGAGAAGGUGAAGUUGGGAGUGUUUCACAUGCCCCACUUUAUCCCUCCAGACUGUCAGAACCUUCUCCGGGGCAUGAUUGAAGUGGAUGCUACCAAAAGACUAACGUUAGAACAGAUCCAGAAGCACACAUGGUACAUAGGGGGGAAGAACGAGCCAGAGCCAGAGCAGCCUGUCCCUAGGAAGGUGACCAUCCGCAGCCUGCCCUCUGCAGAUGACAUCGACCCAGACGUACUGGACAGCAUGCACUCCCUGGGCUGCUUCAGAGACAAAAACAAACUACUGAAAGACCUGCUCUCAGAUGAUGACAACCAAGAAAAGAUGAUCUACUUCCUUUUACUGGACCGUAAGGAGAGGUACCCCAGUCAGGAAGACCAGAACCUUCCCCCUCGAAAUGAGAUUGAUCCCCCGAGGAAGAGGGUGGACUCUCCCAUGUUGAACCGUCAUGGCAAGAGGAGACCAGAGAGGAAGUCCAUGGAGGUUCUCAGUGUUACAGACGGAGGCUCGCCUGUACCAGCCAGGAGGGCUAUCGACAUGACACAGCAUGGACAAAGGUCGCGGUCUAUUAGUGGAGCCUCCUCUGGCCUCUCCACCAGCCCCCUCAGCAGCCCACGGGUUACCCCUCACCCUUCCCCUCGAGGCAGCCCCCUCCCCACCCCAAAGGGCACUCCAGUGCACACUCCCAAGGACAGCCCAGCUGGGACACCCACCCCGACGCCACCCCCCAGCCCAUCCAUCGGAGGCAUGCCAUGGAGGACGCGCCUCAACUCCAUCAAGAACAGCUUCCUGGGCUCACCACGCUUCCACCGCAGGAAAUUACAAGUUCCCACACAAGAGGAGAUGUCCAGUCUCACACCAGAGUCUUCCCCAGAACUUGCCAAAAAAUCCUGGUUUGGUAACUUCAUCAACCUGGAAAAAGAGGAGCAGAUCUUCAUUGUCAUCAAAGACAAGCCUCUCAGCUCCAUCAAGGCAGACAUCGUUCAAGCCUUUCUCUCGAUCCCCAGCUUGAGCCACAGUGUGAUCUCUCAGACCAGUUUCCGAGCAGAGUACAAAUCCACAGCCGGCCCUACAGUCUUCCAGAAGCCGGUCAAAUUCCAGGUGGAUAUCACCUACACGGAGAGCACAGCUGCCACCAAGGAGAAUGGCAUCUACUCUGUCACCUUCACCCUGCUUUCAGGACCCAGCCGGCGCUUUAAGCGAGUAGUGGAGACGAUUCAAAGUCAGUUGUUAAGCACACAUGACCAGCCUGGGGUCCAACAGCUGUCUGGCAGCCCAUUGAGUAACUUCUUUGACGUAAUUAAACAACUUUUUUCAGACGAGAAGAACGGACAGGUGCCCUACCCCUCUGGCACGCCCUCCAAGCACUGCCCCUCGCCCAUGCACGUCCGGAGGCACGAGCCAGAAAGUAAUGACACCAAAUGCCCCACUGCGGGUCACGACAGAGCCAAGUUGUCGGUGGCAUCUUUGGGUACACAAGAGGAGUCUUAG